AUGGCACUUCGUCUAGACCCAGCUCUGCGGAUUGCGGAUGCUACCACUGACCUAGGAGGGGGGAGGAAGGAACCUCCCACCUCACUCAAAGAGGGAAAUGGAACCUACCUCUGGACUGAGCUGUGGGGGAGAUGGAACAUACCACCAAGCCCACCUGUGGGGUGUGGGGCAGGCUAACUCCCUCCAGAAUCAGGUCUUGAGGAGAGAGAUCAACAGAUUUGCACAGUUCACUAUGGACCUGCAUGCCAGCGAGAACAACCAGGGCCGAUGGCAUCACAGCAGGCAUCGGACAGUCACAUUCUCAGGUCUGGCUCACUCAAUCCUGCAAAUCCAUGAAUCUCUGGGGCAGCCCCACAGGCAAUGGCGGGUAGGGUUAAGGUGUGAACCCCUUUGCACAUCGAAGGAGAGCAUGGUGUUCAUCCAGGAGAGAUGGUGGAAGAGCAUGCAAUGCUGCUUUUGAAUAUAGUGAGGGAUUGAAGGAAGGCCCGAUAUCUGUGAGGUUAUGGCAUUUUGCACAAAAUUGAACCACUUUAUACCCAAGAUUUGGUGCUGACAGAGCAUAUAGAAUGCAUCUAACUGCUCCAAGUCUACUUGUGAGAGGGUCCAGGUUUCUGACCCAUCUAGCAAUACAGGUGGAACACAGGUUUGUUAGAACCUAAAGUUUGUCUCAGUGCAGACAUUUUUGCUCCCAUAAGCAAGACUUGGACUUUGUGCAGGAAGUGUCAAGACCAAUUCAUUGGAGGAUACCAGGUUUACUGCAACCAUUUGUACUCUGCUUGCAGCCUAGUUAGGUGCUUGACUGCACAUGCACCAGGAGUUCUAGUGGUCCAGCUCCAAAAUUGUGGACCUUAGUCUUUUGCAUGAGAUGUUCAACCCCAUAGUGUGUGGGAAGCAUCUUGGAAACCUUGAAAGACAGGGCUGAAAUUCUCUUGCGUCACCACAAGCCGGGCAACACCAUCGUCAUAGUCUUGGUCAGUGAACGCUUUUUGAUCAAACUUGAUUCUGACGUUUGGUGUGGCAAGUCCGAAUGUCCAGUCAAAAGCUUGACAGAACAGUGCCAGGGCGUUGUGAAAAUUGUGCACCAGAUUUAUCAGAACAUCUGGGAUGCCAGCUCUUUUCAGUGUGAGCCAAAGUGCUGACCUGUCAGCCAAAUAAAAAGCUAUUUUGAUGUUGCUAUAUGCCACAAGAAGUGGGCCAAAAGAAGUCUGGAUCAGUGCAGCUCAGCCAGAAGCUGAAGGGUAAAGACAGAAUCCACUGUCAAGUGCCCAGCAGUGAAACCUGAUUGCUGUGGAUAAUGUUGCCUUUUAAGAAGAGGCUGCAUCCUACCAAGCAGAACAUUAACAAAGAUCUUUCCAGAGACAGAUAGCAAUGAGAUCAGCCUAUAAUUGCAACACUCAGUGCAAGAUCCUUUACCUUUGUACAGGAACACUAUGAUGCCACAGUGGUAGCCUGCCUGAUGCACACACUUUUAAGAACUGAUGUGGGGGUCAGUGCUCACUUGUUCCAGCUUGGGUGGAAUGCCAUCAAGUCUAGAAGAGGGAGAAAGGGGAUUACAAAGUCAUAGGGUGCAGGAAGGGACUGUCCAGUUUGGCCAAUGUACAUAGCAGAGGGGCAUUGCUGGCACAUGUUGGCGUAUAUUACAUUGGUGGAUGUGCAGGUUAAAUUGAAUAUCUGCCUCGCACAGCUUCUUGCAGGAAGACUGCACUGCUUAAAGGCUAGGAGACUAUGAGAAUCAUCAGAGGGGACUGUUCACUCUGAAUUCUAAACUUGUGCCUUGCCCAGAACAGCUGCAGGAAUCGGAAACUUGAAUCAAUGUUAUCGGAUGAGUUAGAAUCCAAACCAGAGCUGCUGGUUCAGUUUGUUCAGAACACAUCUAUUCCACUGGGGCGGGGACUGGUGGAAUCAGAACCUAAAGGCAUCACCUGUCUCUCCCUCCUUCCUGUUACUGAGACCUCAGAAUGCAACAGACUGAUGUUGCCAGGUGAUUCUCCAAGUCACACUAACUCCUCCAAAGAUGUUCCUUCAUCUGCUGUCUUGAGAAGCCUUCAGGUAAAUGUAGGCCCUGACGGCGAGGAGACAAGGGCACAAACAGUACAGAAACCACCUGAGCUCCUGUCAAGUCCAGAGCCUUCCAGUUUAUUGCAAGACCUCCAGCCCAGUGACAGCACUUCCUUUAUUCUCCUCAACCUAACAAGAGCAGGCCUGGGCUGUCCAGCAGAGCACCUGGUAUUUGUUCAGGAUGAAGCAGAGGAUUCUGGGAAUGACUUUCUCUCCCAUGAUAGCACCGACAGCAGUACCCCCUGGUUUCUACGAGUGCAGGAAUUGGCCCAUGACAGUUUGAUUGCUGCCACUCGAGCACAGCUCGCAAAGAAUGCCAAAGCAAGCAAUAAUGGUGAAAGUGUUCAUCUUUGCUCAGGAGAUGGGCAGCUGAAAGAUUCCAGUCCCAUCCCUCACCUGUCCCGCGUAGAGAAGAAGCUGAAGUGCACAGUUGAGGGCUGUGAUCGGACAUUUGUGUGGCCAGCCCACUUCAAAUAUCAUUUAAAAACUCACAGGAAUGAUCGUUCUUUCACCUGCCCAGCAGAAGGUUGUGGGAAAAGCUUCUAUGUCCUGCAAAGGCUGAAGGUGCACAUGCGAACUCACAAUGGUGAGAAACCAUUUGUCUGCACUGAGGUGGGCUGUGGGAAGCAGUUCACAACAGCUGGGAAUCUGAAGAACCACCUGCGGAUUCACACUGGAGAAAAGCCCUUCCUGUGUGAGGCACAAGGAUGUGGUCGUUCAUUUGCUGAAUACUCCAGCCUUCGGAAACACCUGGUUGUCCACUCAGGAGUGAAGCCCCAUCAGUGCCAUAUCUGUGGGAAGACAUUUUCCCAGAGUGGUAGCCGGAAUGUGCAUAUGAGAAAGCACCACUCCAGAAUUGGAGCUGCUGGAAGCAGAGAGCGAGAGCAACCGGAGUCGCUGGUGGGCAGCAGUUUGCUGGAAGAAGCAGCUGUGCAUAGUAAGAAUCUGAUCUCCAUGAACUCGCAACCUCGUCUUGGCGUGGAGUCUCUGCACCUGCCAGAUACUGAGUCUAUUAUUGGAGUAGAGGAGGAGGUUCUUGCUGAAGCAACACCAGGAGCCCUCCAAUCAGCACCUGAUGUGGUUUUGCCACAAUCUCAUCACCUGGUCACCAUGUCAACAGGGAGACACUCCUAUGGGGUGUCUGCUUUACUACAGUAAAUUUACAGAGAAGACACAGGAUGUAAAGUUAAAGAACAGACUUCUGUGUGCAGAUUUCUUAAAGGAGAGUUGCAGGACCUGAAUCCAGAGUACAUGCUGUGCAGGCAGUUUACUUUUCAUGACUUGCUGCAACAAAAACUAAACUGCAGUCCAGAAUGGGAUAUGAGAUGUAGAACAUGAGAGUUCCUAGUUACUGAAGCAGAUUCCUGAAGCUAAAUUCAGGAGCCACUAAUCAUGUUGGACUGACAAGUGGGACUUUCUAAACCUGCCAUUGGGAGGGAUGCGGCACUUCCACCACUGCAACAUCAAACCACUUUCACCUGAAGCUGAAGUUUGUUCACAAGCUCCAGCACUUACAAGGCAUUAGUAUUGCUUAAGCAACUAAUAGGGGCUUUUCUUAGAGGAGAAUAUUUAGGGUGUUGUGGAUUCUAAACCAGAGCAUUGCAGUCCCAUUCUUCCUUCUGAAUUUUGAAAGUUUAUUUCCAGGCUGACCCUAACUAGAAUCUGAGGCUCUUCCUUGAGGAGCAGGAGCUUCUCCACCACUCUUCCUUGCUUUAUGAAAAUAUGUUCCCUAGAGUUCCACCUUGCCCCAGAGUCUGAGGCCAGACACAAGUUAGAGGAUUACCUCAGAGCCAGCUCUGCUGCUUGCUUUGCCCCAUAUUUCUUCAUUUCUAAAAUGUUUAUUAGUAUGUUUAGUUUUUUUAUUUAAAAAUCAGAGGUAGAAGAUUAUGUGUUUACUGUAUUGUAAAUAAACAGCCUGUUUCGCUCUUUGGCUUCUGA